UAUAUCUUCAUCUUGAUCAUAAACUUUAUCAUGAUUUUGUGCUACAUGGAUACUAGUGGAACUCAACAAGGAGCAAACAUGGUCAUGGACAACACCUUGAUGCAUGUCCGCCAUGGUUGCAAACUUGCAGAUGAGCUAAGACGUUGCCUUCCAGACAUGGCAAGGGAACCUCAUCUUUUGUUACAAGCUUGCGAAGAAAUUGUCAGCACCUUCAACAAAGCCAUCCAUGGAGUCAUCUCUCAGCCUGUCUUUUAUUUCCCAGUGACAGGGAACACGGACAAGCUCCAUCAAGAUCCUUACACUAGCUUGGGGAUUCUAUGGCCAAGCUCUGGUUAUCCUUCUACUCAAAUCUUAGAGGCCGACACCAUGAUCGGAAGCUCAUCAGGAGUUAACCAGAGACUGGGAGAGAAGUCGAGUAAAAGGCCAAAGAAUAAAAGGAAGGAUGGUGAAGGCAUGCAUACUGUUAGGGUUCCAGCACCGUUCUCCGGCAACACUGAAAUCCCACCGGACGACGGCUUUACGUGGCGUAAAUAUGGGCAAAAAGACAUCCUUGGAUCUAGAUUUCCAAGGAGCUAUUACCGUUGUACUCACAAGACAUUUUAUGGGUGUAAUGCAAAGAAGAAAGUGCAAAGAUUGAAUGAAGAUCCCUUAACUUAUGAAGUUGCAUAUAGUGGUAACCACACUUGCAUGACCACCACCACGCCAGUGACUAUCCCUGGGUGCCCGGAGAGUUAG